UGAACUUCACAAAUGCCUCCUCUGCCAUGCCAAUGCCUUCCUGCAUGCUGUUUGGGUUUGACCAUGCUUUUCAUUAUCCAUUGCAUAAUCCUAAAUCCCAGGAACCUGUUACACUGGAUUUUUUAGAUGCUGAAUUGGAAAAUGAUAUUAAAGUUGAGAUUCGGAAAAAAAUGAUAGAUGGAGAAAGUGGAGAAAAAACAUUUGAAACACUGGUCAAGUCCCAGGAUGAGAGAUAUAUUGAUAAAGGAAACAGAACAUAUACAUGGACUGCUGUGAAUGGCACUGAUUACAGUUUGGCAUUGGUGUUACCAUCAUACAGCUUUUAUUAUAUUAAAGCCAAAAUAGAAGAACCAAUAACUCAAGCCAGAUUUUCAGAAACACUGAAGCCUGAACAUUUUGAUGAAGCUGGCUACACGUUUAUAGCACCAAG